AUGUUACCCGAUGAAAACACUAGGCUCUUAGAAAGAAGCUCUAGUUUACAAAAACCUUCUUCAAGGGGUGACUCGCCAGGACCAGGUAACUCUAACAGACUUAAACGGCCACCAUUAAUUGCAAUCCCCACAUCACAAUCUAUCCGAAGCUUAAGAAGCAUUAAUAAUGUUAAUGAUCCUUUGGUUAACUCAUACAUUUCAAAUAAAAAUAAGAAUUCGUAUUCCGGAGGUGGAAAUGGUGCUUCAGAUGAACUUGAUGAAUCAAUUUUCAAAUCCAGGUUUUGGAGCAAAUUGAAUCGGGUCGAAGGUGACGAUUCGUUUGAUCUUUACUCAUAUCUUUCAUACUAUUGUCCAAUUUUGAAGUGGUUGCCUAAUUACGAUGUUAGGAACAAUUUUUUGGGUGAUUUUUUGGCUGGGUUAUCCCUAGCGAGUUUUCAAAUCCCGUUGGUUAUGUCGUUUAGCUUGUCUCUUGCUCGGCUUUCGCCUGUGUCGGGUCUAUAUGGAAUUAUUAUUGGGGCAUGCUUUUAUUCCAUAUUGGGAUGCGUUCCUGUUUUAAUUGUGGGACCCCUGCCGUCUACUGCUUUGAUAUAUGGAGAUGCUAUUGAAGCAAUAAGGCAGCUUCCUAAUUUUGCAGAGAUCUCCAAAUUGCAAAUAUCGUCAGCAAUCUCCGCAGCCAUGAGUGGUAUAUUACUCGGUGCUGGUAUAUUUCGUAUGGGUUUUUUGGAUAAUGUUUUAUCAAGAGCUUUAUUGAAAGGUUUUAUUGCGGCUAUGGGUUUCAUCAUGAUCAUUAACGAGCUAGCAACCGAGAUGGGCAUUGACGAUUUAAUAUUAGACAACCCAUAUCUGACGACUUUGGACAAGUUAUUAUUUGUUUGUAAAUUUGCUCGUCAAUCCCAUAUGUUUACUUUGCUUGUAUCAUGCAUCACCUUGGUCCUAGUUCUAAGCAUUAGAAAUUUCAAAAACACGCUAGUAAAUAAGUAUCAUAUUAGGCAAGCAGUUUUUAUUCCUGAAUUAUUCUUGAUGGUCCUGGUUGCUACCUAUCUCUGUUGGAGGUUUCUGUGGCACUCAGAAUAUGGAGUGGAUGUAAUCGGUAAUAUUCUGGCGCCCGCUUCUGAUUCAAAAUCCACGGUACAAUUCUUAAACCCUUUUAAGUUGUCAUUAAUUCCAUUAUAUAAGAAGGUAUUUUCAACUUCGUUUUUAUGUACCAUAUUGGGUUAUUUUGAUUCUACUAUUGCUACAAAGGCACUCGGUACAAAAUACAACUACAAUGUUUCAUCGAAUAGAGAGUUGGUUGCAUUAGGAGUUACUAAUUUUGUGGUAAGCUUGGUAGGAGGAAUUCCAGCAUUUGGGGCCCUUGGUAGAUCCAAGAUUAAUAUUUUAUCAGGUGCUACCACUCAAAUGGCCAGCAUAAUGAUGUCCGUAGUAGUCAUUUUGGUGAUCAUGUAUCUAUUGCCUUUACUUUAUAGCUUACCUAAAUGUGUUUUAGCAUUGAGUACCACUAUCAUUGGGAUUACUGUGUUAGAAGAAGUGCCAUCUGAUUUGAAGUUCUUCUGGGAUAUCGGCGGAUAUGACGAGAUAAUAACUUUUCUAUUUAUAUUCAGCACAACUAUUUUAUGGAAUGCUGAAGCUGGUGUUUUGUCUGGUGUCGCAUUUGCAAUAAUCAGAGUUAUUAAGCAUAGUACUAGAUCCCGAAUUCAGAUCUUGGGUAGAGUACCAAACACCACCGUUUUCCGUAAUGCCGACGAAUUAAUAGAAGAAAGCUUUGUAACAUAUGCCAAUGAGAAUGACUCAAUCAGCGAUGAGGAAACCAGCAGCGCAACAGACGACCCUGACGACAAAUUGAUGAACUUGAUAGCCGAAAUCGAAGAAAUCGAAGGAGUUCUUGUUAUCAAGAUUCCUGAACCACUCAAUUUCGCAAACGUGGGAGACUUGAAAAACAGACUAAGUAGAAUAGAAAAAUAUGGAUCACUCUUGAUCCACCCAUCUCAGCCUACCAGACGAGACUUCAACAAUACAACCAUAAAAUUCAUAAUCUUUGAUUGCAAAGGUAUGAAUGCCAUCGAUUCCUCCGCGACCCAAGUCCUAUACGAAACUAUCAAAAAAUACAUUGACAUUAACGAGAUCUUCGUGUGCUUUUCUAGGGUGGCAAUGAACAAUGACAUUCGUCAUAAAUUCAGAAAGCUGGGGAUAAUCGAUCUUGUUAAUAAUAGUUAUAAGACCUAUGCUAAUGCGAAUAAUGUAUCCAGCAAACCAGCUGCUACUGAAAGCGGAAGCUCUACUAAUUUAUAUUCCUACGGAACCUCUUCUGGCAUGGAAGAUGGAUUUUUCCUUAGUAUAGAAGAGGCCAUUAAAGCAUUCGGCCUACAAAAUGUUUAG